AUGAGUUAUUCUAAUUCAAAUAACAGUGCUUGCUUUUUUUAAUCUCCCUUCUAUAUUUGGGAAAAGCAUUGGCAGAGGAUCGAUGAUGAGUUCUAACUAAAUGAAAACAUACGAAUUCUUGAGGAUACUAAUCUCUAAAUAUAAAUUAGAGAAGCCAAAACUGACGAUCCCAUAAGACUAAAUCUGCAUGAGUAAUCAAUAUAUGACUAAUUAACAACUAGUUCCUAGCAUCAUUUGAAUGAGGACGAAUGGAAGCCAGAAUAUUAGAGUUCUUAAAAGUAACUUAGAUUCAGUGAUCGAUCACAAAAUCAUAUUGAGGAAGAAAAUAAACCAAAAUAAGCAAGGGGGAUAAAAGACAAGGAGUAAAGACAAAGAACCAAAAGGAGAGUAGAUUAUGGAGUUGGUGAUUCGUUUUCGAAUGAUUCUGACUUGAAACCAUGUCAUUGUUCCAAAACUAAGUGUCUUUAGCUUUAUUGUUCGUGUUUUCAUAAGAAUAAAGCAUGUUCUUCGAAAUGUCAAUGCAAAGGUUGUUUUAAUGAUGGGAACCACAAGGUGGAAAUGGUGAAGGCAUUAUAGAAAGUCAAAUUGAAGGAAUAUAGGGUAUCGCAAUCUGAUUUGGAUUCAUUCGACACAAGACAAGUUUUGGGUUGUAAAUGUAAAAAGACCCAUUGCAAGAAGGGAUAUUGUGAAUGUUUCAUUAGAGGAAGGAAAUGCACUUCACAAUGCAAAUGUUGUGAAUGCAAUAAUUAGAGACAAAAGAGCCAAGUAAAGAAGAGGAUCAAAAAAAAUUGA